AUGGCGUCACAUUUCGAUCCCUUUACUCAAAAUGUCACCAUGCAUACUGCCAACGGGACCCCCUUCGAGGUGAACGUGCAGGCAAUCGACGACGAACUCAUGCAGUAUUGCAUCCGGGCCGGCAUCAACUAUAGCGCCCAGCUUGGAGCCUCCAUCGUGCUGUUCGUCAUCCUCGUGCUUCUGACCAGACCCGAGAAGCGUCGCUCCAGCGUCUUCAUCCUCAACUCCUCGGCGCUGCUCUCCAAUGUCGGUCGCCUCGUCUGCCAGACCCUGUACUUCACUUCCGACUUCGUACGGGUUUACACCUAUUUCUCCGGAGACUAUUCCCACGUACCCACUUCCGCAUACGCCAACUCAGUCAUCGCCGUGGUCUUUUACACUCUCCUCGUGAUAUGCAUCGAGGCUUCGCUCGUCCUGCAGGUCCAGGUCAUCUGCGCAAACCUCGGUCGUCUAUACCGCCACAUCCUCCUCGCAUUUUCCACCGUCGUGGCACUAAUCCCCAUCGGAUUCCGAAUGGCCAUGAUGGUCGAGAACGCCAAAUCCAUCAUGGGCGCCAAAAGCAACAUCCCUCUCAUCUGGCUCCAAAGCACCGAGAACAUCGUCUUCACCAUAAGCAUCUGCUUCUUCUGCGCCAUCUUCGUCUCAAAGCUAGGCUUCGCCAUCCGUCAGCGACGCAGACUAGGCAUGCGAGACUUUGGUCCAAUGAGGGUGAUUUUCGUCAUGGGCUGCCAGACUCUAGUCAUCCCAGCCUUCUUUUCAAUCAUCCACUACAUCGUCUCCGUCCCAAUGCUAUCCUCCAACGUCGCCACCCUCGUCACCAUCUUCCUCCCUCUCUCCUCUGGGCCGGACAAAAACACCAGCAAUUUGUCGUCCACCCCGACCAUCAAACAAGUUGCCACUCGCUACACUGACAAUAUUCCCUCCAGGCAGGCGCAGCAGCAGCACAACGCUGAGGAAUUGGGUAUUGCUGUUGAACAUGACAUUUCUGUGCCGAGCUUCAAGAGGGAGAGAGAUAUGGUUUGA